CAUAAUUUCUUAUGGGUAUUUUUUCUCGUACUCCUAACAAGGGAAAGUGUGAUUUAAGCGAUUCUUUUUUAAGAGGCCAACGCCAUAUAAGGAGACAAAUAGUCACGACUUAUAACGUAAGGCAUGUCAAAAGGUGUAAAAGUGUUGUGAUGAAGAGAAGGGUACGCGUAGAACGUUCUAGAAGGCUCGAGGAUGAGAUUGGAAGGAAAGUCAGGGUACUUAAGAAGUUGAUUCCAAUUAACUGUGAGGAUUUGGGGUUGGAAGGGAUUUUCAGAGAGACAGCUGAUUACAUUUUGGCUUUAGAAAUGAGAGUUAAGGUUAUGCAAGAUAUGGUAAAUGUAUUGUCACCUUCUAAUAGUGACUAGAAGAUCAAUAAAUCAUGUAUU